AUGGCUUUCGGUUUACCCCCUCCCCCAAAGACUGCUCUUGGCCGGUAUAGAAUGCUGGCACCCACAGCAGCGGUUAGAGUGAGCCCUAUAUGCUUGGGAGCAGGAAACUUCGGAAACGCAUGGAAGGAUUUCAUGGGAGCUUGUGAUCAAAAACAAAGCGAGGAGAUACUGGAUUACUUCUAUUCGGUUGGAGGAAACUUCAUUGAUACAGCCAACCAUUAUCAGAACGGAGAGUCCGAGCAAUGGAUCGGUGAAUGGGCUGAAAAGCGUGGAAUUCGAGACCAGCUUGUCAUCGCCACAAAGUUCACGAGUUUUUUCAAAACUACAGAUAGUGACAAGGAGAUUUUCAUCAAUAAUGGCGGAAAUGGAACGAAGUCUCUCCAUGUCUCCGUCGAAGCAAGUUUGAAGAAGUUGAGAACAUCGUACAUUGAUUUACUCUAUAUUCACUGGUGGGACUUUACUUGUUCAAUCCCAGAGCUCAUGCAGUCAUUGAACACACUGGUAUUAUCCGGAAAGGUUCUAUACCUUGGGGUUUCAGAUACGCCAGCAUGGAUUGUUUCAAAAUGCAAUCAAUAUGCCCGUGAUCAUGGUUUCCGUCCAUUUUCCGUUUAUCAAGGACGCUGGUCGGCCGAGCAUCGCGAUUUUGAGCGUGACAUUAUCGACAUGGCUGCUGAAGAAGGAAUGGGAUUGGCUCCUUGGGGCGCAUUGGGGAGUGGCCACUUCAAAACCGAAGAGCAACGCAAGUCUGAUGAAGGUCGAAAGAUGGGUGAAGCUUCAGAAGCGGCCUUAAAGAUAUCGAAAGUCCUGGAAAAGAUUGCCGACGAGAAGAAGACAGGCAUUACCAGUGUUGCUCUAGCAUAUGUGAUGAAAAAGGCCAAUUUUGUUUGUCCAAUCGUCGGGGGAAGAAAGGUAGAGCAUUUAAAGGGAAAUAUCGAAGCUUUGUCACUGGAGUUGAGUGAUGAUGACGUUAAACAGAUUGAAGAGACAAACGAAUUUGAUAUCGGAUUCCCUCACAAUAUGUUGUCAGGAGGACCAAACAAGGUGCGGGGCCCAGGUGAUGUAUGGUUAUCGGCAUUGGGUGGAAUUACAGAUCAUGUUCAACCAUAUAAGCCUGUUUCAGCAAAUGAGUAG